UGUGACAUCGUUCACUUCCUCCUCGACCUCUCACCUACUUUCUCUGCCCCCAUAAAGAGCCGUGACAGGCGGCGGCGGUGUUGACGGGCUCUCGGUGUGUGUGUGUGUGUUUGUGUGUUUGUGUGUGUGUUGAGGACCGUGUGUGACCCACACAGAUUCUGUGGCACGUUCUGCUCUUGAGACACAGGUGCCUGGUGGGAACCCUUCAGAAAUGUGGAUGAGCACAUUUGCACGUUUCGCCCUGCCGGCCCUGCGGAGUCGCUCCUCCGCUGCGGCCUACCAGGCUCUCAGGGCUUGUCGUGGACCGGGGCAGGCUGCAGGUCCGCCGCCCGCUCGUCUGACUUCAGUGCAGCUUCGUGGGCAGCAGACCAUGGUCUCGGCCUCGGUCCCUGUGGCGAGCCAGUCCGUGAGGCACGCCCGGGCUCUGGGCGAGGCGCGGAUGGUGGAGGUGGAGUGGGAUGAUGGAGGCACCAGUCUGUACCCAUUCACCUGGCUGAGAGACAACUGCCAGUGUCCACUGUGCACCCUGCAGUCAGCUCAGGCCAGGCAGCUGGUGAUGUGUGAUCUGGACAUCCACAUAGGGAUCGACUCUGUAGAUGUCAUCAAUGACAACAAGGUGUCGGUUGUGUGGCCUGACCAUCACACCAGUGUGUUUGACUCAGAGUGGCUGAGGAGACGCUGUUUCUCUACCGCUGCCAGACAGUCACUGCAGGAAGAGCUUUUCCUCAAUGAUCGUUAUUACUUUGAUUCCAAGCUGAACAUCCCCACCGGCGACUUCGAGGAAGUCCUCCAUGACGAUAAGGCCGCGCUGGCCUGGCUCCUGGCCCUGCGUCGCUUUGGCAUCGUCCGCCUGAAGGGGGCGCCAAGAGAGCGGGGCCAAGUGGCCAGACUCUCCGAGAGGAUCGGUUAUCUCAGGCUCACAUUCUACGGGCACACAUUUCAGGUCCAGGACAAAAACAUGGCAAACCAUUUGGCCUUCACGUCCAAACGGCUCAGUCUCCACACGGACCAUCCUCCGUUACACUUCUCACCAGGAGUGCAGUGUUUGCACUGCAUCCGCCAGGCCGUGGAGGGGGGGGAGAGCGAGGUGGUGGAUGGCUUCCACAUGGUCGAGCUGCUGCAGAGAGAAGACCCGGAGGCCUACAGGACCCUCACCUCCACCCUGGUGGACUUCUCCGACAUUGGGAGUGACUACUGCGACUUCCUGCUGCAGUCCAAGAAACACGUCAUCGACGUCGAUCGUACAGGCCAAGUUGAGAGGAUCAACUUCAACAACUCCACCAGAGACUCGGUGCUGGACCUCCCCGUCCACCAGGUCCAACCCUUCUACAGAGCGCUGAAGGCCUUCAGCGACCUCAUGAACCGCCCAGAGAACGUGGUCAGCUACACGAUGGAGCCAGGUGAAAUGGUGACGUUUGAUAACUGGCGCCUGCUCCACGGACGGAGGAGCUACGUCACCAGGCCCGACUGCUCCAGACACCUCGAGGGCGCCUACCUGGACUGGGACGAGGUCAUGUCUCGCCUCCGGUUGCUGCGCAACAUCGUCCACAAGCACACAUGAGCUCGGCAAACCAAACGGUGACAUUACGUUUUUUUAAAAAAGGAUCUUAGCUAAAGAAUAGGAGCUAAACUACAUAUUGGUGUUGAAGCGCUGAGGUGACGGGGCAACGUGCAAAGGUUCUGAGAUAUUUGUUAACAGUCGAGAGCCGAAUCUUAAGUCGUACGCCAGGAAUUUAUAAAGCAAACAAACAGCAACACUACAAUGCAAAGACAAAAGUUUUUUUAAUGAUUAAUUUCACUGCUUUGUCUUGUCCAGCAGGGGGUGCUGUAGCCCCCUCAUCACCAGACUAUUGACGAAACAUUGUAUAAGAUUAUAAUAUCAUUAUAAUGAUGAUUUUGAGUAAAUUAUUCGAGGAUAAAACUUCCUGGUUCUUGUUAAAAAUCUAUUUACUUUGCACCUGAUUUAAGUUACAGUCGGCCAUUUUCUCUGAUAUCAAAUAUCGAUAACGCUACAUAGAAAUGUUCAGGUGUUGAAACUUAAAGUGAGUCUCUUCAGAAAUGAUCUCUGGGUAGAUUAAGCGUUUAUUUUUCUCUUGCUGCUCGUUUGAGAAUCUUUGUUCCGCUGGUUUUUAAUCCUUUUUACAUUCAAAUCACUUAAAGCUCUGAAUUCUCCUUCAGUCUGAAUCUUGAAGUUGCCUUAAAUCCUGUUUUAGUCGGAUUUCUUUCACUCGCUGACAAAUCCAUCGCCAAACUCCAGAUUUCAGGAUAAAUGUCUGUAGGUGAUCCGGCAACAACUCCAGCCAAUCAGAGCGCAGGAGACCAGUCGUCCCAGUCAAGGUUUCUCCAGGUGAACGUUGAGGUUGUGACUCUCCCGUUGACAAACAGUCGUGUGGUGUGAACUCUCAAAGAGUCCGGAUCACGAGACAGGAAGUCGUGUAGUGUGACGCUGCUGGUUCCCGAACAGUCGCUGUUCAACAUUUGUAAAUUAGUUUGAAGUUAAGAACUUUAAAUAUCUCUAAAUAACCUGGUUCGGAGGUUUCAAGAAACUGAGUCAAACUACAUCUUACUUCAUUAUAAUUAGUACAAGUUUCCUGUUUCUGCUUUAAUGUGAGAUUUCAGAUUCUCAGGAUGAUGCUUGUUUAAAACUCUUGUGCCUGAAUGUGAUGGUGAAGUUUCUGUUAAAUAUAAAAACUAUUUCUACAAAAACAAAACGCAUUUCUCGAUGUUUUUAGCAGAAUAAAUACAUUUAUUUUUUCUUUUCAUAGAAAGGAACAAAAUCUUAGUUUGUAGAUAAACGUUUCAGCGCAGAACUUGGAUGAAAUGAUACGAGAUCGAUUCUUCUUUUGUGUUUGUUUUGCAGGUUUUAUGUUUUUGUUUCUUUUUCUCUCUUUGAUGUUGCAUGAAAGAUCAAAGUGUUGUACAAACGUUUGUAAAACUGUGGCAUCACUCGCUUGAAUAAACGUCAUCGAGCUGAAA